AUGGCUAGUGUAUUCAGUGGCAAGGCCAACAUAUCCAUUGAUAAAUCACAGAAACACGGGCUAAAACUGAAUAAGACCAUAUUCAUCCCUGUCACUCAAACAUUAAUACCUCCCCUUCUCUUUUUCAUUGUCUAUCUUCUUUUUCUCAGACGAGUGUUGUCACUGGCUUUUAUUACACCAAAAACUAAUCUACAGAUUUGUUUUUUCUUUCUUUCAUCUAGUUUAUCACUCAUCACUCUCUGUGAUUUCAACCCCCCCACCCCUUCUAUUAUUUUCUUCUCUUCUUUAUUUAAUUUCGCUCUGAUUUCUCUCUCUCCCUUUUUAUAUCACAUUCUUUUUCUUUUUCUCUCUCUAUUGUCUCUCUCUCUCUCUGUGGCUAUUUAUCUGCCCCCACUUACUUUUUCUCUCAUAUCUUCAUAUAUCUUUCUCUUCCUGGCUUGUUUCUCCCUAUCCCUAUUUUUUCAUUAUUCCUCUCUCUUUGUUUUUUUCUCUCUGUCUCUCUCUCUCUUAGAUUUCUCCUUAUCAACUGUUAUUUUACAUCUCUUUAUUCCCUCUCUCAGUUAUUUAUCUCUUUCUUCCUCUUUGCUUGAUAGGGAGAAAUAA